ACAGACGUUUCGUUUCAAACGUUGUGGUUGUGUUGUGCUUCGCUUCACCACCAGUAACCGUUGUUGAUCGUGCGAGUUUGUUGUCUUCGUUUUUCGUCUCUGUUUUUUCUUAAUAUAAUAUUCAUUGUCGAGUGUAUGAUUUUUGUUGUGCUAUGUUGGUCAUGUGAAUUAUUAUAGUUACAGUGCUGAUGUUUACCGUUUAGUUUCACUACUGUGCUUUUCUCUAUUGUGUUUGUGUUUGGUGUUUUUGUUUACCUAGUCAGCAUGGAUGAAGACGACAACGUCAGUUUAUCAACAAAAUCUCCGAUAAAACGACUUGGAUCAACGAGGAAACUUCUAUUUUUUAACAAUAUCCGUCUACAGUUGAACGAACAGUUGAGAUGUCUGGACGGACGGAUGGAGACCCAGGUCGCUCUGGUGGCAGAGCUACAGGACUUCUUCAGGAAACGCGCCGAGGUGGAACUGGACUACAGCAAGAACCUGGAUAAACUCGCCAAGAACCUCAGUCUCAGGCAUAAGGAACAGAAACAAAAGAGGGAGCAGUGGCCGCUGUUCUCCACAUACUCGUGUUGGCAGCAAUUGGUUACCCAGACCAAGAACCUGAGCAAAGAUCACGCAGCUCUCAGUGAGAUCUACUCCACACAUCUAGUCAGUCGUUUAUCACAAGUUAUUGAGGAUGUUCAGAGGAUAUACAGGAGGUGUCGUGAGAUCGGCUACGAGACUCACGAGGAGAUCUUGCGGGUGCUGCACGAGCUGCACACCACCAUGAAGACUUACCAGGCAUACCAGGGCGAGUGCAGACAGGCAGAAGCUAAGUUGAGGCUGGUCGAGAACCAGAGACUCAAGAUAGAGCAGAGUCUGCCCAAGGAGAAACUGGACAAGUCUAAGAAGUUCAGGCUUAUAGAGAAGGAGGUGCAGAAGAGAAAAAACAAAUACUUUGACGCCAAACUGAAAGCACUGAAAGCCCGCAACGAGUACAUUCUCAACCUGGAGGCCAGCAACACGACGUUACACAAGUACUUUGUAGACGACCUGUCCGACCUGAUAGACUGUAUGGACCUGGGCUUCCACGAGUGUAUCAGUCGAGCUCUGAUGAUGCACAUCUCUGCAGAGGAGGGUCGCCAGGCCUCGGUACAGGCUGGGCUGGACGCUCUACAGGCAAACAUUCAGUCUUUGGACUCGAGACUGGACAAACAGAAAUUCCUAGAGUUCAACCACAUGGCUUUCAUGAUUCCCAAGAAGUUUGAGUUCCAGGGAAAGAAUGACGAAGUAAACAUCCUGCGUUUUGCUGAGCCUGAGCUACAGAAACUAUUGUGUGCUGAUAUGGAGACCAGACUGGUGCAGCUCAAGUCUCGGCUGACAUCUCUCAAAGCUGAGAGUGAAGAGGUGUGGAAGACUCUAGAGACAGCCGAGUCUACUCUGCUGGACAUGCUGACAGCCAAAGACUACGACUGUCGAGCGUACUUCGGAGACAACGCAGUCCCGACACACAAACCUCCUGAGACUGUGAGUCUCAAACUGCGCGCUGACAGACACGAGACUGAAGAGUUCUACCUCACUAAACUCAGAGAGUUCAUGUUGGGCACAAGCAGGAUAGCGAGGCUGGACUCUAAACAUGAACACAUCCGAACACAGCUGGUGGACAUGUCUUCCGGAGUAGAAUCUCCCCAGGGACCUCCCGGACCUGGUGGAGGGUGUAAGAUACAGGGAGGUGUUCCAUUACCUGGAAUGCUGCACAGCCCUAUCGCCAAGCCGCCUCGUCGCAAGCGCAUCGGUCGACUGCAGAUGAACGGACAACCAAAGCUGUUCGGAGGUUCGCUGGAGGAAUAUCUCGAAUCUCUUAACCUAGACAUUCCACUCAUCAUCAAGAGCUGCAUCAGGGUCAUCAACCUUUACGGUCUCCACCACCAAGGCAUAUUCAGAGUGUCAGGGUCACAAGUGGAGAUCAACAACUUCCGAGAGGCGUUUGAGCGAGGUGAGGAUCCUCUAGCAGACAUGACGGAUGCCUCGGACAUCAACUCUGUGGCCGGAGUGCUCAAGCUCUACCUGCGCGAGCUGCGUGAACCGCUCUUCCCCAUCAUCUACUUCGAGCAGUUCAUGGAGCUCGCCCAGCUGGAGUCCAAGCACGAUUUUGUGUUGAGGAUGAAGGACCUUGUUCAAAGUCUUCCAAGAUCUGUAGUCAUUGUUAUGAGAUACCUCUUUGCCUUUCUCAACCACUUGUCAGAAUACAGUGAUGAGAACAUGAUGGACCCAUACAACUUGGCCAUCUGCUUCGGACCUACGCUGGUGCCUGUACCUGAAGACAAGGAUCAAGUCCAGUACCAGAACCAGGUCAACGAACUCAUCAAGAACAUCAUCCUGUUCAACGACGAGAUCUUCCCCGGACAGGAGAUCGGUGGAACGUUGUACGAGAAGUACAUCUCACGGGAGCCUGACGACAUUGAUGUGGGAGAUUCACCAUCAGAUCAUGUUCAAGAAGACAUGGACUCUGAAGUCUACCCUUCUGAAGAUGAGUCAGAGACGCUAGAGGCCACAGCACAGUUUGACUUUGUCGCUCGGUCAGAUCGAGAGUUGAGCCUACGCAAGGGUGAGACAGUGACGCUCUACUCUCAAGUAUCCAAUGACUGGUGGCGUGGCUCUGUCAACUCCAAGGAAGGUCUCAUUCCCGACAAGUACAUCCUGAUUAAGAUGAAGGAUGAAGAUCGGGACAAACUUGAACUCUUCAAAUCGAGUUCCUCAGAAGAAUCAAUGAGGAGAAGAGCAUCAAGUUCCAAUGACUCUGUACUCAGUGGAGCAUCGAGUUCGCAUUCCCCCCUCCUAGGCGCUAACCCCCCUUGGCCCCCCCUGCUGCCCCCCACGGGACCUCCGCCUGCGUCCCAUGAGUGCAAGAAUGUGGAGGGAGGUGGUGAACCUGCCACUCAAUGUCUCAGUGCUUCUAGAACUGAGAGCUGUAACAGCUUAGACUCUGGGAAAGACUCAGCUAGUGAAGAACAACUCCUAAGAGCAGAGGAAGACGAAUCAUCCAUCAGCCCUCUGCCGAGCGAAGACAUCAUGGCAAAUGAACCCAAGACGAUAAUGGAGAAGGAACGAGCCAAGAAAACCCACUGGAAAAGUCAAAGUGUCGGGGAAGUUACCCAAAGUGAAAAAGGAGAGAAGAACGGAAUAAAUGACGAACUUCCUACAUUCAGUCAAAACAGAGAGUUGUGGCAACGGAGAGCAAACUCUCAGUCUCAUUUGAACCAAUCAGCAUCCACUGUGGGCAAAGACUUGUGGGAAAUGAGACAAAAACAUACUCCAGACCUGGUGAUGGAUCUUCCACUGGUAGGGUCUGCCGAGAGUCCUGGAUCAAAAUCUACCGGAGGGGAAAGUCCCACGGGACCGGAGAGUCCGGAUAUGACUACAGCUGCGGAGAGGUUCGCCAAGCAGAACCAGUGUACGCUUAAGAAAAACACCAAGGGCGGUAGUCAGUCGCGGCAGUCGUCAUCAUCCAGUCAAGACAGUAAAGAAGGAGAAACUAAAGGCGACGCACCUCCUCCCCUCCAGCCUAAACCUCAACUAAAGGCUAAGCCACAGCUGAUGCGCAAACCGGUGUUAUCCGGUAACCAUCCCUCGCCACAACUUGUACGCAAAGACAAUACAACCAACUAAACUGUUGUGAUGCCUUGUAGUAUAGUCGAGAUUCGAGUCAAGCGUAAUAGGAUCGUCGCUCGGGGUAUAAGUUAUCUAAGUUACUCGAGUGAUUGCUUUUGUAGUCGGAGCGUUUUGUACCCGCGGUGCUUAAAACGGUAGCUUAGGCCCUUUUGUACAUUCGUUUUUAUGUGCUGGGUUGUGAUCAUAUCUGGCAACGAGAAUGUAGAAAAAUCGCUCCCGUUUUAUAAGUAAAGUUUUGUACCAAAGACUGAUAUUUUUACGAUUCGUCAGUAUUGUACGUUCGAGCAUGGAGUGCUAAGUUUGUUCGAGCAACGAUUUCUACCUAAUGAAAUAUAGUUAAGGUCCUAACUUCCUAACUUUAGUGCAGAGUAUCGUAUUUUUUCAUCGUAUAUUUUGUGUAGACAGAUCCAUCAUCCAUGAGUAAAGAAACUUGCCUAAUGUAAAAACACUUAUCUUGGGGAUCGAGACAUUAAUUAUUUCAAUGUAAGACCCAUCUGCCUGACCCUGUAAUACAAUACGGUAGUUAAGUUAUUCUAAUAUUUGUUUCAUAGUGACAUUUAUAAAGUUAAUGCUUAUGAAUUAAUUCUAAGCUAAAGAUACUGCAAUAGAAAUUUUAAUUGAAACCAAUUGAAUUACUGUUUGAUACCAGAAUAGUUUCACAGUUUGCAAAAGAAAAAUCAAAUAUUUCAUGGUUCUAAACGGUAUAAACACAAAGCACGCCUCUUGAUCAAUUGAAAGAAACCCUGUCAAUACAUUCUUUGUAAAUGCAUAAAACAGGUACUGGUUAAUCCUAAUCAUGAAUUUUCUACUUCAGUAUCUUGAGCCAAACAAACAAGGAACCCUAAGUUUAUUUAUUGAUUGUUGUCAACUAUUAAUUUGUGCCUUUAGUAUAAUUUGUGCCUAAACAAUAAUUAUUAUUAAUUUGAAUUAAAUAACAUUACUUAUUAGGUUUAUUUUUUUGUAGUUUUGCUCAUGAUUGAAAACAUUUCAAUUACUCUUUGAAAAUGCUAAAAUAUCAUACAACUUUAUGAACAUAAUUCUGUACCCGUUUUUACAGAAUGAAACCAUUCUUAGUUCAUAUUCCAUACAUGGGUGGCUAAAUUUAUUGCUUUUUGCUAUAAAUAUUUUAUUCUUUAGUUUACUUGUAUUUUAUGUACGGUACGUAAGAGGUUGUAUACGUUUAUGGUACUAAAUCGAUGUGUGUAGUACCAAUGAUAGUCUAGCGUUAUUUGUAUUCAUGCCAAAUCAAAUUUGUGUCAAAUCAUUAUAGUAUGUUUCAUGUAACUUGUGUCACCUACACUUUGUGAGGACGUGAACCAAUUGGUCCAAAGAGUAAAAUCAAAUUAACAACUAAAUAUGCUGUAUUCAAUAAGUUGUGUUUAUUAAGCAAUAGUUUACCAAUUUUUUAUACAUCUAAUGUACAUUAAGAAUAUUUUAACAGCAAUUUAAUAUGCCAAAUCAAUGCCAGUUCAUUUGACUAUGUUCGGUGUUGUUAAAUUCUAGUUAUUCAUUUACAAAACAAGUUUUCUGAAAAUGUAAUGUACCUACUAGAAAUGCAAACAAACUUUGCAGGAAUAGAAAAUUGUACAGAUUCUUGUAAUACUACUGUAAUUACUUGAAUAAUAGUUUUUCAUUUUUUUAAAUUCGUCCAUGGUUGAUUUUUUAAUUUAACUUUUCAAGCACAUUUUAACCACCAGUUCACAAUCCAUACCUCUCGGGCAUUUCAUUCAUGUCAUUUCAUCACAAUGUAACUGGCUUCCCGAGUAUAAGUACAGGGUUAGAACCGUGGCUGUGCAAUGAUGUGAGGGUAAAUGUGUAAUUUGUGUAUUCGUUUGAAUAUAAUCCCCAUCAAUGUUGACUAAUCUUGAACACCAUGUAGAUAGUCGCUUAUUUCGGUGAUGUAAAUUUGAUGCCAAAACAAAUGCCAAAUGUUAGUUGAUUUUAUGUUCAAAUGGAUAGUAAUGGUGAAAUAAAAUGUACAAAUAUCAUAAAUGUAAUGCUCAAGCAUUAAAAGUAUUGUGGCCUAAGGCCGUGGAAUCUUGUUUCGCCAGCCCAGAACUUUGGGGUUUGUGAGGUCAGGUCAGACGGCACAAAAGCUAUUUUGGUACAUCAGGAAUUCAUCACAAUUUAGUGUUUGGUAAAAUGUGUCCUUCGUUUUAGUUUAUUGAUAAUUUAUUAUUUACUUAAGAAGUGAUGCCAUAUGUUUUUAAGUAGGUAACUUAUCAUUUUUACUUGACAAUUUUCAUCAACAAUUUUUACUCAAAAAUGGAUAUUAAAAGAAGCAAAAAGCUCAUUUCCAAAGGUCCGAAUCAAAAAUAUUCUAGAGUAAUAAACUAAUCUAAGUUCCCUCCAUAUUUUGUCAAAACAUUAAUUGUUUUGGCAUAAUUUAUGGCACAAGUUAACGCACAUUGUAUUUAACAAUUAUUCCUGUCACAAAAUGAUCCUUUUUCAACUUUGCAACACCAAUUGACUCUGACCUAAAGCUAUAUGGAUCUGCACAUAAAAUGGGACUCAAGUCCAUACAUCAUACUAAGCUUCUCCAUCAAGCUCAAGUCAAGUAGUCCUCACCAGUUUCUCUGAGAAACCUAUUUUCUUAAGCGAUUGUUAGUAAGUUUUGUAUCUUGUCAUAGUUUGUAACAAGUAACUACAGUAAAGUUUGUUUGGACGUAUUUUGUUACUAUGUCAAAAAGUUAUACUAUAAUAUUAUGCUAGAUUAAGGACGUUCAAUAUAGAUGUAAUUUUUAUGUUUGUUGUUCCUUUUCACAUAUUUACUUUAGUGUGUAUUAUAUUAGGAAUGGCUUUAUAUAAUUACAAUUAGUUUUGUAAGUUAUGUUGACCAAUGUAUUAUAUAUACAAAGAAAAUAUAUUUGUCGUAUUCAAAA